GAGCUCGCUGUUUUCUUAUCCCCUCUCUCCCUCUUUCGCCAUUGUUGAAGUUGCAGAGAGAGCUUGGAGCCGACCGAUACGAUGCAUUCUCUGCGAUCGCCCGCCUUGCGCCCUCUCUCCCUAUACCCCAACGCAGCCUUCUCAUCAUCUUCCCACUCGCUCCGCUUCUUCACUCGCAAGCUGCCGAUCUUCCGGGACCCCAAGCUUUGGCCAAGCUCUUCCACCAGACCUUUGAUUUCCAUCGCCAAUUGCAGCUCCAUCACCGCCAAGCCUUCCUCGGAGAUCCACCGGAGCAACCGGGGCGGGUCGGAGUCCGACGAGAAGCUCCGGGCUCUGCGCGAGCUCUUCACGAAGCCUAACGUCGAGAUCGAUGCUUAUAUCGUCCCUUCUCAGGACGCUCACCAGAGUGAGUUCAUAGCUGAAUGUUACAUGAGGAGGGCCUAUAUAUCGGGUUUCACUGGCAGUGCUGGGACUGCCGUCAUCACGAAGGAUAAAGCAGCUCUGUGGACAGACGGGCGGUACUUUCUUCAGGCGGAGAAGCAACUGAGCCCCAGUUGGAUUCUCAUGCGGGCUGGUAAUUUGGGAAUUCCUACUCCCUGUGAAUGGCUAAAUGAUGUGCUAGCCCCAGGCUGCAGAGUUGGCAUUGAUCCUUUUCUUUUCUCAUCUGAUGCUGCGGCGGAAUUGAAGGAGGCCAUUGCUAAGAAGAAUCAUGAGUUGGUUUCGCUGUACAAUUUGAAUUUGGUGGAUGAAAUAUGGAAAGGAACGAGGCCAAGGCCCCCAAACAAACCAAUCAGAGUACAUAACCUUAAGUAUGCCGGUUUAGAUGCAGCAUCAAAACUCUCUUUCCUAAGGGCUGAAAUUGUUGGUGCCGGUGCAUCUGCAAUUAUUAUUUCAAUGCUUGAUGAAGUGGCUUGGCUGUUGAACUUGAGAGGAAGUGAUGUUCCACAUUCACCUGUCAUGUAUGCAUACUUACUUGUGAGGAUUGAUUCGGCGAAAUUGUUCAUUGAUAGUGCAAAAGUGACUCCAAAAGUGAUGGCCCACUUGAAGAAUGCAGGCGUAGAGUUGAGGCCAUAUGAUACAAUUCUAUCUGAAAUAGAAGGUUUGGCAAAGGAAGGGGCUAACCUCUGGUUGGAUACAUCAUCUGUAAAUGCUGCGAUUGUCAACACUUACAAGUCUGCUUGUGAGAAGUAUUUUCGGGGGAAUGGGAAUAAAAAGAGUAAAAAGAGUAAGAUGAGGCCAUCUGAUGGUUCCACGAGUCAGUCAAAGGUACCGACUGGAGUUUAUAGGAUGUCCCCUAUCUCUUUGGCCAAGGCAGUUAAAAAUGAUGCUGAGCUAGACGGGAUGCGUAAUUCUCAUUUAAGGGAUGCAGCUGCUCUAGCGCAGUUCUGGGUUUGGCUGGAGAAUGAAAUUAUGAACGGUACAAAAUUAACAGAGGUAGAAGUUGCAGACAAACUUCAUGAAUUUCGUUCUAAGCAGGCUGGUUUCAUCGACACAAGCUUUGACACUAUUAGUGGUUCUGGCGCAAAUGGUGCAAUCAUACACUACAGAGCUGAACCAGGUAAUUGCAGUGUUGUGGACGCAGAGAAGCUCUUUCUACUAGACAGUGGAGCUCAAUACAUCGACGGUACAACCGAUAUAACUAGAACAGUACAUUUUGGCGAACCAACUCCACGACAAAAAGAAUGCUUCACUCGAGUUCUACAGGGUCACAUAGCCCUUGAUCAGGCAGUGUUUCCUGAAAACACCCCUGGCUUUGUGUUGGAUCCAUUUGCCCGGUCCUCUCUCUGGAAGAUUGGGCUUGACUAUCGACACGGCACUGGGCAUGGUGUGGGAGCUGCACUAAAUGUCCAUGAAGGACCUCAGAGUAUUAGCUACCGAUAUGGAAAUUUGACUUCCUUACAGAAAGGCAUGAUUGUGAGCAACGAACCCGGCUAUUAUGAAGAUCAUGCUUUUGGGAUCCGUAUUGAGAAUCUUCUGUGUGUUGUUGAGGCUGAAACUCCGAACAACUUUGGAGGACUUGUGUAUCUUGGAUUUGAGAAACUCACAUUCGUACCUAUUCAGACCAAAAUGAUCGACUUAUCCUUGCUUUCCACAGCUGAGGUCAAUUGGGUGAAUGAUUACCACGCACAGGUCUGGGAAAAGGUUUCAUCCUUGCUGGAUGGUUCUGCUCGUCAGUGGCUUUGGGACAACACAAGGCCCGUCCAAAAGCAGUGAUAAAGUCUCUGGGUUGUUUUCAGCUUGAGAGGAGUCCGAGGAGUUGUCGAUGUUACGUAAAACCUAUAACUUGUAUACUCAAUUUCGUGGCUAGUGAAGGGUUAGUAGUGGGUUGAAAGUAUAGUUUUUUCAUAAUGAGUUGAGCUAUCGAAAGUCACCAGGCGAAGCUUAUCAAGCUCGUCUUCCGGUCUUUGCUCUUAAGGCUUCCAUCUUGGUAUUCUU